CUUCUCUUCUUUUUUAUAUAUCUCUUUCACAUCUCAUUUUCACUCUCUCCAUCUUCAAGAAACACAAAACAGACAGAAAAAAAGAGUGAAAAUGUUUUUCUCCAAGGAUCUUCCAUCACCUACAUCGUUUUUCACAGCUUACGCAUCAAUGGCUGGUUACAUGAUGAUGAUACGAUCAAUGGCUCACCAGCUGAUCCCAGGCCCUGUCCAAGAUUUCAUUUACUCUUCUCUACACUCUCUGCUCUUCCGUUCUACGUCCACAACUUUGACUCUAACCAUCGACGACGACAACAUGGGCAUGCACAACGAGAUCUACCAAGCCGCGCAGACUUAUCUCUCGACCAAGAUCAGUCCAGAAGCAGCCAGGCUCAGAAUCAGCAAAGGCCAUAGAGACAAACAUGUCAACUUGUACCUCAGCGACGGAGAAACCGUCAACGAUGUGUACCAAAACGUGGAGUUAAAAUGGAGGUUUGUCACAGACCGAGGAGACAAGAAAGGCGAUGACGACGGUAGAAGCGAGUACUUCGAGCUGAGUUUCGACAAGAAACACAAAGACUUGAUCUUAAACUCUUAUAUUCCUCACGUAGAGAGCAAAGCUAAAGAGAUUAGAGACGAGAGGAGAAUCUUGAUGCUGCAUUCUCUCAGCAGUCUCCGAUGGGAAUCAGUUAUAUUAGAGCAUCCUUCAACUUUCAAAACAAUAGCUAUGGAAGAUGAGCUCAAGCGUGACGUCAUGGAGGAUCUUGAUCGGUUCAUUAGAAGGAAAGAUUAUUACAAGAAAGUAGGGAAAGCUUGGAAGAGGGGUUACCUGUUGUACGGACCACCGGGAACUGGGAAGUCUAGUCUGGUUGCGGCUAUGGCUAAUUACCUCAAGUUUGAUGUCUAUGAUCUUCAGCUGGCGAGUGUGAUGCGUGACUCUGAUCUAAGGAGGCUAUUACUCGCGACACGUAACCGGUCGAUUCUUGUGAUUGAAGAUAUCGAUUGUGCGGUCGAUUUUCCCAACAGGUUGGAACAACAACAGCCUGGUGAAGGCAAGAACUGUGGCGACUCUCAGGCACCUUUGACGUUAUCGGGGCUGCUGAAUUUCAUAGACGGGUUAUGGUCAAGCUGUGGAGACGAGCGCAUUAUAAUAUUCACAACGAACCAUAAAGAUAGGCUUGACCCGGCAUUGCUACGUCCAGGUCGUAUGGACAUGCACAUAUACAUGGGACAUUGUACUUUUCAAGGUUUCAAGACCUUAGCCUCUAACUACUUAGGCUUAAACGACACCACAAUGCCACACCGUCUUUACCCGGAGAUCGAGCGAUUGAUGGACGGGGAAGUGAUUACACCAGCACAAGUGGCAGAGGAGCUGAUGAAAAGCGAGGAUGCUGAUGUGGCGCUUGAGGGUUUGGUGAAUGUUUUAGAGAAGAUGAGGUUUAAAGCUAAUGAACUGAGUCCGGUUUUGAAGAAGAAAGAGAGUAGAUUGGAGAGGGAUGAGAUGAGAGCAAGGCCUGAUACUGAAGGUUCUCCUAGGAAGAACAGCAAAAGAAUCAAGAAGCUUGUUCUGUUUUGGACCUAAGACGUGCGCAACAAACUUCUACGGUCCAGUAUUAGUUCACAUAAUUAAGAUAAUGAGAAAAAAUAGACCGAAAGCCUUUACUAUGAUUUUAGUAGAAAAAAGUAAGUAAAUCUGUUUGUCUAUUGAAUUUGGAUGGACAAAGUUCAAUUGUGUAGAAAGAAAUUUGAUCAAAUAGAGUAAAUGAAAGCACUAAUGGGAGCAAUAAUUAUUAUCUUUGAUACGCUACAUUAGUUGAUAUUUUCAUGGGGGCAGCUGCCCCCACCAUCCCAAACCACUGAAGUCUCUGCUCUUUCAAGAGUUUUGGAGAAUACGUCCAUUUCUAGUACGAACAGAGGUGAUGAACUGGAGUCUCCCGGUCUUAAUCCUUUCCUCUCCGGGAAGAAUCUUGCUAGCUCUCGGUUUACAGCAACAGAAAACCAAGGAGUUGACAUGGCAUAGACUGGUCUAGUUAAUGAAGAUGUUAGAGCAGGAAAUUCCCCCAUCGUUAACAUAACAAGAGGAGUCUUUUACCACUAAAUAAUUGUUCAUGUGUGUAGUAUUAGGCAUACAUCUCGGUAAUAAUCUUUACGUAGUGGUGAUGGGUUUCUACAAAGAACCAUCUAUAUUUUCUUCGUUUGUUUUUUUGUACUUGUAUUAUUUUAAUUAUGUAUGUUGUUUAUUAUUCUAUUUACUUUGUAUAUGUAUUUUUAUAAUUUAUAUAAAUAAAAUAGUUGAUGA